AACGAAAGAGCACCUGUAUAAAUUAGUGGAGGCUAAUAAAAUAAUUCGUAAAUAAAACAACAUAAAAAUUAUUUUAGUGCAAUUUAAGAAACACGACAACGAAAUUGAUAAAUUUUUAGUUUCUUGCAGUGACUAACAAACACAAAUUGACGAAAGAUGCUUCAAAGAGCGUGAAAAGUUUUUAAAUGAACAAGUGUGCGUUAUCAAUCUGCGAGGCUGUGAUAAGAGAUAAGAUAAAAGUAAACGGUAUAAAAAUUUGUGGAAAUAAAAUAUCACGGUCAUAAAAAGAAAAGUAAAUGUAGAAAACAAUAAAAGCAAAACCAAAAGUUAAGCAUGAAGUAAUUGGAGCCAUUGAGCGGUGCUUAUAAACAUUUCAACACAUAUACAUAUAUACACACAUCUGCAUAUAUAUAAUUAAUUACCUGUGUAUAUUUGUACAUAAAGACGAGAUAACGGGCGCACAAAUAACCCACUGCCGCUGAAAGUAUUUAGUAGAGGAGACAACCACCGAAAAAUCUUAGGCUAUUUAAACCUUGACUUAACACAUCAAUUUGCAAGUGCAAAAGCAAGCAUAAUUCUUAAUUAAAUUAUUGACUUAAAUUCUUGUACUAUAAAAUAAAACAACACCAUCAUGACAUCUACACCCGCAACCGAUUUGGAAGCGCAAGUCAACGUGGAGGAUCUGCCAUUGACAUUCAAGGUCAAAUACAUCGGCUCCGAGGUAGCACGUGGGUUAUGGGGUAUUAAAUUCACCCGCCGACCGGUCGAUAUCCUGGUGGGUGUAGCCAAGAAUCUACCCGCUAAGAAAGUUUUACCUCAAUGUGAUCUCACAGUAUCAACCGAUGGUGUUAGCAUCGAAAUCAUAACACCAAAAGCGAGUGUGAAUAAUUGGAGUUAUCCGAUAGAUACGAUUUCGUAUGGUGUACAAGACUUAGUCUACACUCGAGUAUUCGCCAUGAUUGUGGUAAAAGACGAACAACAUCCGAAUCCGUUCGAGGUACAUGCCUUCGUGUGCGAUAGUCGUGCUAUGGCUCGCAAGCUGACAUAUGCCCUAGCGGCCGCAUUCCAAGAGUACUCACGACGCGUUAAGGAAUCGGGUGAACAAUCGCCUACUGAUAACAUUACGCCACACCGUCAAAAGUUCGCCAUCGAUUUGCGUACACCCGAAGAGCUACAAGAGGGUGCCAAUGAGGAGACGGAGGCUUAGAUGGUUCGUUUUGUUGUUAUGGAAGAAAUACCCACGCGCCCAUGAAGUGAACCGUUUGAGAAAAAUAUGCAUCACACGAUUAAUUAUAAGUUAAGGUUUUCACUAUGGACUUAUUUUUUUGUAGUACUUAAUUUAUUUCCUCGUUAUAUAAUAAUUUUUUAGGCCAAAAUCAUUGUAUUUAAAUUGUAGGUACUCUUCCACACGCUCUGUGGCACGCUCUGUGGCAGUCGGCUUGCGAUAAUUUUCGAAGUGAAUCCAUUCAAGAACUAAAUCCCUUCUCCAAACGAUAACUUCAAUUAACAUUUCCAUCCAAUAUUAUUUUUCAAGGGUGAACUCUUUCAAAAAACUAAUUGAUAAAUACUGAAAACACCCUUCAACAAGAAAGCUACGAUAGAUCACUCUGUACAUAAUCUUACAAUCUACACCAUUCCGCCCUUUAAAAUGGAAAGAAAUAUAAUCUAUUGUUAAUAAAGAAAUACAAUGCGACCUGUGUUCUAUUCCACCUUCUCCGUGGACUCUCACACAACCAGGUAUUUUGUCUUUUUUCUAUUGGCUGCAACAAAAAUAGGAGCUGCAAACUUAACUUCGUUUCUAGAAAAGUUUACAUAUUACAUCUUUGAACCUUUAUAGAUCAUUCCCUUCGUAAUUUCGUAGUUCGCAGCCAACGCCUGUUCCUCUCCGCUUUUUUGUUUUCUGAUAGUUUUGAAACUUUCACUUAUGAAACGUAAAUUUAGUAAUAAUUCAACUCAUAUUCUAGGAGAAAAGAACUUCCUUCCUUCCUUCUUCAUGGCAUUUGGUUACCAAUAACCCUUUUGAGAAAUAUUACUUUAGUUUGAAAAAUAUAUAUCAAUAAAACGAGAUUUACAAAAGUAAACUCCUAAUACUUGAUUUUUAAAAACUGAAAAAACUUUCGGCGAUCCCAGGUAUAGAGUAAUAAUAUAGACAGACGCUGCUUUAUAAAAACCAAAGUAUUUUUAAUGUGAUUUUAAGGUUUUUUACAUUGUUAGAUUUAUGUUGUAAAGGCAGAACUUUACAAACGAGCAGAUUAAAUAGUUUGUUAAGAAACCACAAUUUCUAAGUUAAAUUUAAAUAAAAAGUAUUAGAAAGCGUUAUAUUUAAAUUAAUUAAAAAAAUUUAGUGUUUUUACAAAGAAACUAUAUUUGUACAUAACUGCACUUGAACAGAUUUUCCCCUGAUACAGCUAGUUACCCAAAGUAUAAGACAAUUUAGAGUACGUAAAAAUAUAAUUAUAUUUAUAAAAAUUUAAUUAUUUUAAACCGAAACUAUAAUUUAAAACAAUAAGUAUGAAAUAAUUGAUUAUGAAAAAAUAUUGUAAAACGAGUGUCCAGUUAUAUUGAUCCACCAAAUUUGCUGGUGAGAAAAGCAAAUUACAGGUAUAACAAUAUAUUAUCAUUGCAACGA